AUGAUGAACAUGGGUGGGCCGUCCACUCUCGAUGAAGUCCAGCCAUUUCUCACGCGCCUCUUCUUGGACCGUGAUCUGAUGCGUUUGCCUUUGCAAUCGCGACUCGCUCCUAUGAUUGCCCGCCGUCGGACGCCCAAAGUCCGCGAUCAAUAUGCGACAAUCGGCGGUGGCUCGCCAAUUCUCCGGUGGACACGCACACAAGGCGAGGCUAUGUCGCGUAUGCUGGAUGAACUGAGUCCAGCUACCGCGCCCCACAAAGCAUACGUGGCAUUCCGCUAUGCGUCGCCGCUUACAGAUGAGUGUAUGGAUGAGCUAGAAGCUGACGGAGUGAAGCGUGCCGUUGCAUUCUCACAGUACCCGCAAUACUCAUGCAGCACGACAGGCAGCAGCCUGAAUGAAUUGUACCGAGAGAUUCAACGCCGGAAGGCACGUCAUUCGCCAGGUGGACAAAUCGAAUGGUCCGUCAUCGACCGGUGGCCAACACAUGAUGGGCUCGCCCAGGCGAUCGUGAAUCGCAUUCUCGAGGCAGUUUCAACGUUACCGCCGGACGUCGCACACAAGGCGCCUAUCAUGUUCAGUGCACACUCGCUUCCGAUGCAGGUCGUCUCUGGACGUGGCGAUCCUUAUCCGCCUGAAGUCGCUGCAACAGUUGCGAAUGUGAUGCAAAAGCUUGGUUGGUCAAACCCGUACCGUGUCACUUGGCAAAGCAAGGUAGGUCCAGCGGCGUGGCUUGGUCCUCAAACAGCCGAAACUCUGCAAGGCUGGGCUAAACAGGGUCAUAAGCAUGCUAUUGUGGUGCCUGUGGCAUUCACGAGCGAUCACAUCGAGACGCUGUAUGAGCUAGACAUUGAACUGCAGGAAGAUGCGAAAGAAGCGGGUGUUCAAUUGGUCCGCGCCCCUUCUCUGAAUGAUGAACCCGUGUUUUUGCGCGCCUUAGCUGACAUGGUCAGUGAACAUCUCUCUUCUGACUCGCGCGGCACACGUCCCUGGGCUCAGGGCAAGGCGAGCCACCAAUUGUCUCUCCGGUGCCCUGGCUGCACGAAUGAGGAGUGUGGUCCACAGAAGGCUUUCUUUAUGGGCUCAUGUAUAGCUGCGUAG